AACACAUUAAAAGCAAUUCUGAUAAACCAGAUGUGUAUGGAAAGGCAUUCAAUGAAUCGGAAUUCUUACAAAGACACAUGAGGACACAUACAGGGGAUAAACCUUUUCUAUGUGAUGUGUGUGGAAAGGCUUUCAGUCAAAAACAACACUUAGAGAGACACAUGAGGACACAUAAAGGUGAUAAACCGUAUAAAUGUGAUGUGUGUGGAAAGGCAUUCAGUGUAUUAGGUUCCUUACAAAGACACAUGAGGACACAUACAGGGGAUAAACCUUACAAAUGUGAUCUGUGUAUGAAAACUUUCAACCAAUCACAUAACUUACAGGUACACAUGAGGACACAUACAGGUGAUAAACCUUAUCCAUGUGAUGUGUGUGGAAAGGCUUUCAGUCAAAAACAACAAUUAGAGACACAUAUGAGGACACAUACAGGGGAUAAACCUUAUAAAUGUGAUGUGUGUGGAAAGGCAUUCAGUGUAUUAGGAUCCUUACAAAGACACAUGAGGACACAUACAGGGGAUAAACCUUACAAAUGUGAUGUGUGUAUGAAAACUUUCAACCAAUCACAUAACUUACAGGCACACAUGAGGACACAUACAGGGGAUAAACCUUAUCCAUGUGAUGUGUGUGGGAAAGCUUUCAGUCAAAAACAAAACUUAAAGACACACAUGAGGACACAUACAGGGGAUAAACCUUAUAAAUGUGAUGUGUGUGAGCAGGCAUUUAACCAGUUAGGUAACUUACAGACACACAUGAGGACACAUACAGGGGAUAAACCUUAUAAAUGUGAUGUGUGUAUGAAAACUUUCAACCAAUCAAACAACUUACAGACACACAUGAGGACACAUACAGGCAUAAAAUCUUAUAAAUGUGAUGUGUGCGGGAAAGCAAUCUCUGUACCUGAACACAUGAAAAUCCAUACUGGUGAGAAAAGUUAUAUACGUAAUGUGUCUCAGAGAAUGUUGAGAGAAAAAUCAGAUUUAAAGGGACAUUUGAGGACACACACAGGUGAAAAACAGAGGAUUUCUAUUAAAACAGCUGAUUUUCCAAAACACCCUAGGUCACGUAGAGUUGAAAAACAUUCCAAGUAUAAUGAGAUAUGUAGUCAGUCAAAUAACAUAGAGGGACACAGUAUCACAUGUUUGGGUGAAGCUACAGAUAAAUGUGAUGUUUGUUGGAAAGUGUCUAGUAAAUCAAUGUAUUUACAAAGACACAAGAAGAUACAUACAAGUGAAAAACCUCAUAAAUGUGACUUUUGUGGAAAAGCAUUCGGUGAAAAAGGGCACUUGAUGGGACAUAUGAAGACACGUAAUGGGAACAGUCUUGAAACUUUUGCUAAAAAAGAGCACUGUAACAAGCACCUGAAGUUACGUGAUGACAGUAAUCCUUAUAAAUGUGAUCAGUGUGAAGAGUCCUGUGGUCAAAAACGUUACUUACAAAAGCACAUGAAGAGACGAGCAUGUGAAAAGCUUUUGAAAUGUGAUGUGUGUCAGAAGACGUUCAUUGAAAAAAUUGAUUUAGAAAGACACAUGAAAACACAUCAAUGUAAAAACCCAUUUGUUGAUAUGUGCAGGAUGGAAAAUUAUCAAAUCGGGCAGUUUGAUGAACCAGUAAGGAUUUCUAUUUAUAGAGGAUCCUGUCUGUGCGAAGUGUGUGGGAAGAUGGUCACAUGUAUGGAGAACCACAUGAGGAUACACUCACAUGAGAAACCUAACAAAUGCAGUACGUGUAACAAAGCCUCCAAUCUAAAAACAUCAUUGCUAAGACACACAAGGACACAUACAUGUAUGAAACCCUAUAAAUGUGAUGUAUGUAGGAAAAUAUUUAAUAUAUCAGAACAACUAGAGAGACACGAAAAGACACACACAGAAUACAGACCUUACAAGUGUGAUAUGUGUGAAAAGACAUACAAACACUCACAUCGCUUACAGACACACAUGAGGUCACAUACGGGUGAAAAACCUUAUCAGUGUGAUGUGUGUGGAAAAUUGUUUAUAGUUUUAAGUACUUUACAGGUACACAUGAGGACACACACAGGUAAUAAACCUUAUAAAUGUGAUGUGUGUUGUAAGGCAUUUAACCAAUCAAAUCACUUACAUAGACACAUGAAGAUGCAUACAGGUGAAAAGCCGUAUAAAUGUGGUGUGUGUGAAAAGGCAUUCAACAGUUUAGGUAACUUACAGAGACACAAGAGGACUCAUACAGGAUAUAAACCUUAUAAAUGCGUUGUGUGUUGGAAGGCAUUCCGCCAAUCAAACAACUUACAGGCACACAUGAGGACACAUACAGGUGAUAAACCUUAUAAAUGUGAUGUAUGUGGGAAAUCAUUCAACCAAUCCCGUAACCUACAGGCACACAUGAGGAGACAUACUGGUGAAAAGCCUUAUAAAUGUGAUGUGUGUGGGAAGGCAUUCAACAGAUUAGAAAACUUAAAGGUACACAUGAGGACACAUACUGGACAAAAACUUUAUAAAUGUGAUGUGUGAAAAGACAUUUUACUGAUCAUAUUCUUUACAGAGGCACGGGAGGACACAUACUGUACAGGUAAAAAAAACCUUUUAAAUGUGUUGUGUGUGAAGGCAUUCAACUGUGUUGGAAGGCUUUCUCUUAUUCAGGUUCCAUACAAAAGCAGCUGAGAUAACAUACUGGUGUUAAACCAUAUAAAUGUGAUAUGUGAGUGAAAAGGUAUUCAACUGAUCAGAUAUCUUACGGAAACACACAAGGACACGCACAGGUGAUAAAAGAUAUUAAAUGUAUGUGAAACGACAUUUACCUCAUCACUUGACUUGAAUGUGUACUGGUAUUGGGAAGGCAUUCAGUCCAGUCAAAUAAGAAGUUUACAGAGAUGCACUUGGACAUACAAACCAUAUAGAUCUGAUGUAUGUGGGAAGGCAUAUGUUUAGAAUAUCAACACUCAAAGAUAUACAUAAAGAUGAAUGCUAGUGAAACUCCCUAUGAAGGUGAUAUCUGUUGAAAAGAAAUUUUAAUUAUCAGACAUUGGAGAAAAACCCUUUUGUAUGUGACAGUGAAAAGUUUGAAAGAUUGAUCUGUACAUUUACAUAUAUACUUGAGAACACGUACAGAUUUUGUCCUUAUAAACGUGAUGUGUGUGGGAAAAAUUGGGAGUUUGGAAGUGUUGAAAUAACAUGUAAUUCGUGUGGAAAGGUACUAAACGAUUCAAAGGGUUUACAGAAACACAUGAAAAUACACAACAGAGAAAAACUUCAUUUAUGUGAUGUGUUUGGAAAGGCAUUGGUUGAAAAAUGACACUUGAAAUGAAACCUGAAGAUGGAUUCAUGUACUUUGGGAAAAAUGUGAUACAUUUGAUAUACAACAACAUAUGUGAUGCGUGUUGGAAGGCACUCAGGUACUAUAUAGAGACAAUGGAAUAUUACAUAAAGGACUAGAAAAUCAUAUUUGUGAUGUGUGUAGAAAAGAAUUUAUUAAAGACACCAUUGAAAAUACACAGGCAGCUAUAUUAAAAAAGUAGUGAAAAAUUUAUGGGGGAAAAAAAAUUGGCAAAGGACACUUGAAGUCCCAUCAAAACUCAUACUGAUGGAAAAAAAUGUGAUUGUGAUUUGAGUGUGAAAUGAUUUAUGCUUCUUUAAUUGUUCCUUUCAAAUAUACAAUAAAUUGUUAUUUGUUUCAGAGAACAUUCAGUGGA